CCCCGCGGGCCGAGGGGGACCCCGGCAGGCGCCUCCGGUGACUUCCUCCUGGCUGCAGCGCUUGGGAAGCCGAGCCGUUCCUUCUCCGCCUUCCAAAGAAGCAUGCCGGAAGGUCUCUUGACCAAUGAUUCUCCUGCAGCAAGCCGGACCGCCUCUUCCUCCUCCUCCUCCUGAGAAGCUGCCAUCGCUUCCUAUGUCAGUGGCCACCAGGCCUGCUGCCAACUUGCUACUGUCCCCACAGAAACCCCUCGGCCUGGGGUCAUCCUUGCCGCUUGCCCAGGAUGAAGAACUGGCUACGGUGGUGGAGCAGGACCCGGUCCUGGAGGAACUAUGCAAACCUUUGUGCUGCAGACUUUGUAACGUCACCUUGAAUUCUGCCCAGCAAGCCCAGGCUCAUUACCAGGGUAAAAACCAUAGCAAGAAACUUCGAAAUUAUUAUGCUGCCAAUAGCUGUCCGGCGCCUGCCAGAAUGAGUAGUUCACUUGAGCCUGCCACGCACUCGGUGGCUUCCCUUCCACCCCAGCAAUCCUGCAAAGCGAGCCCUUAUUUCAACCCGCGCUCUCGCCAGCGGAUCCCGCGUGACCUCGCCAUGUGCGUCACCCCCAGCGGCCAGUUCUACUGCUCCAUGUGUAACGCCGGCGCCAGCGAGGAGAUGGAGUUCCGGCAGCACUUGGAGAGCAAACAGCACAAGAGCAAAGUGUCCGAGCAGCGGUACAAGAAUGAGAUGGAGAACCUGGGCUAUGUACAAUGAGACACGAUUCCCGCUCGCCGCUCCCCCCGCCCCCCGAUACGGGAGCACCUUCUCGCCACCCUCCGCUUGACCCACGCG